UUGUGUUUUGUCUUCCUCUCUGUCCAUAGUUGUGCAUGGAGAAGUGUGUGAGCGCAUCAUCUUCUCCGUCUCUGUCACCGGAGAUCAAACAUGUGGGUGAUUCAGCUGAGUCCACUCUGCAAGAGGCUUCUUCUCGCCUUUGAUUCAGAGUCACACCAAUUUGAUGAAUCCCAUUUCUGUUGAUUCGCUCUCAUGUUACAUAUCCAGGCUCUGCUUCAUCGCCACCCCUCCAUCAAUUCCACUAAAUUGCUCCAAUGCACACUGCUGUCAUUGUUGUGGACAAUUUCUUCAGCAUCACACUUCCACUGCGCUUCAAGAUGUGAAGGCGCAGUUGAUUUCAGUCGCACAAAUGCCCCCUCAGCAGUUGGGGAAACCAGAGGUGAUGGAGAAUAUCUUGAACCAACUCAAGGAUCACUUGUGUGACCUAAUGAUGGACCAACAUUGCGUUCUUUCGAUUCUAGCUAUUUUUCAAGCUAGCACUGUCCACCACAUCACCAGGAUUCUUGACUUGGUCAUUCAAAACCAGCACAAGCUUAAGGAAGUCUGCAUGCAUAAUCAUGGGAGUUUGGUUAUCCAGAAGUUGUUGGAGCAUUUGAAGACUCCAGAACAGAUAUCUGCUGCUGUAUUCGCUGUGAAGAAGAUCACUGUGAGAUUGACUAAGAGUAUCAAUGGUGGUCAUGUCCUUCACCACUGCUUCAAACUUUUCUCCCCUGCGCUUACGACGUUUAUUAUAGACGAAGUAGCAGAGAACUGUGUGGAAAUUGCAACAGACAAAAGUGGAUGUUCUAUCCUUCAAAAAUGUCUUCAUCAUGCAAAAGACAAUAAUAUGAAGCGGCUGAUUGAAGAAAUAGUCUCACAUGCUUCACUCCUUACUGAACAUCCUUUUGGAAAUUAUGCUGUGCAGCACGUUGUUAAAAUGAAGAUACCCCGUGUAAAUGCAGAGAUAAUGUUACAGCUUCAGGGUAGAUAUGCUCAACUAUCUAUGAACAAGCAUGCUAGCAAUGUGGUGGAACACCUCUUAGAAUUCUCAGAAGAGAAGGAUGCUGCUAAUAUUAUUCAGGAGUUAAUGUACACUCAGAAUUUUUUGAGGAUUAUGCAGGAUCCUUAUGGGAAUUAUGUUGUUCAAAGAGCGCUGCAAAAUUGCAAGGGCGGUGUUUACAAAAUGCUUUCAGCUAUAGUUUUGUUGAAUUAUCCACAUCUGCACACCCAUCCUUAUGGGAAACGGGUUCUGACCUUCGUCCAAAGACGCAAGAACUACGAACAAAGGCAUAUCUAAAAACAGGGUGGCUCUUCUUCUUGAUGCAUCGAUGCAACUUUUGUUAGUGUUUUUUGGACUCUUCAUACGUUUGUUUCAGAAGCUUACGUAUGCGAGCCAGACUAUUAUGAGAAUUCCCCAAGGGAACAAUCGAUGAGUGAGUUUUGUUGGCAUCAUUUUUGGUGCUUCAACAUUCUGAAUGAGUUUUGUUUGUAGUAUAACUUUGGAUGUUGUUAUUUAUGGUUUCUAUUUCGCCUAUGAAACAAACUUUUGGUAGAUGUUAACUUUUGGAUCUUGAAUGGUGUUUGAUUUUCUUGCUGAUAUAUUCAUAAUGUUACGUAUCUAGAGUGGGAAUAGAAUAUGAUGAAGUGUGUAAAAUAGGAGUACUGUAGUUGAUAAACAAGAAUGAAGAGAUAUAUGGAAGAAGAAACUGAGCCAGAUAAACUAAUAAUAGUGCCAUACAGAAUAACUGUCCUCAAAUACAAAACCUCCUCUGAAAUCUCCCAAGAAUGCAAGCAAUGUAUAUAACUCAAAUACAGUAAUAGAGUCCCAUAUCACAUCCACGUACAAAAUAAUAUAUAGAAGUAAUUAAUAGCAAAAAAAA